GUUGAGCUCGUUCUAUAAAAACGGAAACUCUCCAAUUCGAAACUUCCUACAAAGCAUUUGAAAUGAAAAAGCGUGAAAGUUCUUUAAAUCGUUUAGUUUUAAUUGUUAAACGUCUUUAAUUCAGGAAUUCGAAUGAUUUCAAGUCCAAAAAUAUUUCGAUAAUUCUGCUGCGCAGAAUGUCGACACCGUCGAUGAUUUUUGUCACAAAAAGAAAAAAAAAGAAGAAGAAGAAGCUGCGAGCACGAUCGAAGCAGGCCUCGAAAGAUUCGAGUUCGAGAAGAUUUUUGAUGACAGACGGAGCGAUUUUGAACCAUAACAACUGAUCUGUGGUUUCGCGGUUAAGCCUUCGAAGAGAUGAAGACGAGCCAAGCCGAGGCCGGGAUAUGUGGGAUCAGCUACCGGAGCUGAUACUGACGCAGAUAUUUGGCCAUCUUGGUCGAAAUGAUCUCGCGGCCGUCGGUCAGGUUUGUCAGGCAUGGAAUCGCGCCCUGUCGUCUCCCGUUCUAUGGCGUUCCGUCACUGUCCUUAUAGAUCGUGAUCUUCGUGGGGAAUUUCCCCUCGCCGGUAAAUUAGCGACAAAAUAUGGACAACACAUGAGAAUCCUCGAGCUCGCCUGGUCAAGACCCUACGUGCUUCCCAUUGAAACUCGAUUAGCUCGCAACGUUCAGGCAGAAGCAGGGGUUGACUUUCUUGCAAUCGUGAGGGACAAGGACGUACAGUUGAAGAAACUCGUUCUCACCGAUUGGGUAUUCAGCAGCAAGUGGGACAAUCGUGGAAAACUACUCUAUGCACUCGCCAAUUUUCUCGGAUCUCAGAAAAAUCUCAAAAGCCUGAGUCUCCUGAACGCUAAUCUCGGUGUGAGCGAUGUUCUCCGCUUGCUUGGAGCAAUUGCGAGGUCAUGUGGUGAUAGACUCGGAUGUCUCGACCUUCGCGGAGCUUUUCGCGAGUGGCAAGCACCUCACAGCAAUUCCAGAUAUCUGCGACUGCUCGGGAGACUUCACGCUUUGACUACGAUUAGUCUCGACUAUCCUGCGCUAUCCGAUCAAGCAUUAAACGCUUUGGCCAGAGCUGCUUCGGGCGUUCUGAGAACAUUGCAUAUAUCUGUGAGAGAUUCAGAUUCUCGUCAACACACCCUUGACGACACAGCUUGGCACAAUCUCGUGACAGCUUGUCCUCAUCUCACGGUCUCUUACAGCAUAGUCAAUAUCUCUCAUUACGAGGAUAUGUGCUAUCUACUGCUGCCUAGUGUUCCUUUGGCGAGUUUCCAGAUGUUCAGUGGUCACGUAUGGGAUCAAAGUCGAUCGAGAAACUUCAGAAGUACCGUCGGUCUGCUCAUAGACCAUUACACGAAUACUCUUGCCGAAGUGAUGCUCCAAUUGCGAAACAAUCGGGAGCUUCUCGAUGACCUUUUGAUAUCAAUGGUGACACGAUGCAAACACCUUGAAAGACUCCAGUACGAUGGAAUUCUACGAAGCCUCGAUACACUGAAAGACGUUUUGCAGCUUCAAUCGGAGUCCAAAACUCGCUUUCGAACGAUACACGUGAAACCCCGUAAUGCGAAUGCUUUGAACCGAGCCAUACUGCGCGAAAUCAGCACUCAGUAUGACAAUAAAAUGGUGGAGCAAGGCGUCGACUUUCGAAUCGAGGAUCCGGCUUCGUUCUUCGUUUUUUAUUGAUCAACGCACAUGUUAAUUCCAAUGUAAAAUUGUUGAGGAAAGAAAUCCCUGUCUUGAGAUACGAUCGAUUAAACGGAGUCGCUUGAACGGAA